AUGCCUGCACCGCUGUUCAAACGAUGGGCACCACCCACACCCGCAAUCAAGCCAGCGAGCAGCCCAGCGAAAGCUGUUACCCCGAAGGCAUCCAGCCCUGUCCAGGAACGCAGAGAGUCUCCGGCCCCAGCGCCACAAUCGGCGACGCCCAAGCCCGCGAAAAAGCCAAAGAAGCGAAAGAGGGAUGCCGAAGUGCAGGAUGAGCCGGCUGAAGACAGCUCGAAGAAGCACAAGGCCAUAUUCAACAAGUUUGAGAAGGUCGCUAAGCUUGCUGAAGCCAAAAGCCAGCGCCAAGAGGAGGAAGACUCGGAAGAGAAGGACGAGCAGCCCGCUGAAGAGCUUCAUGAUUUGCAGCCUAUGCCCCAGCCCGCGCCAGUUCCUGACACUGCAUUCGAACCUACCUUCUCCACCCUGCCGCCAUGGCUCGCCCAGCCAACCACCGUCGAAUCGUCCAGAACCGUCCCAUUUGCAGAACUGGGCGUAGACGCGCACUACCUCAAGAAACUAGAAUCACAGGGCUUCAAAGACGCUCUUGCUGUUCAGACUGCACUAUUACCGAUGCUCCAUCAGGGGUUCGAGCAGCACUUGGGCGAUAUAUGCGUCUCUGCAAAGACGGGUUCUGGCAAGACCCUUGCAUAUCUACUGCCUAUAAUCGAGGCCCUCAAAGACCGCGCCGUACCGACACUAUCUGCCAUUGUUGUGGUCCCUAGUCGGCAGCUUGUCAACCAGGCUCUGCAGGUUGCUGAAGAUCUUUGCGCUGGCACAAAGAUCAAGGUGGGCACAGCACUGGGCAAUACCGCUUUUCCCCCCGAUGCAGAAGCAGCUGGUCAAGUUGAGGGCUCUGUACCCCCUCAUGCUGCAGGGGCAAAAGACCUGCAUGAGAGGGCAUCACAACAGUUCAGAACGGGCUUUGUAGAGAAAGGGGGAAUACUGGACGACCUGAUGAACAUGCCACAGGACCACAUCCCUCAGUACGACUCGGGCGUAGACAUUCUCAUUUGUACGCCGGGGCGACUUGUCGAGCACAUCGAGCAUACCACGGGCUUCCUGCUCAAUUCUGUUCGGUGGCUGGUCAUCGACGAAGCAGAUCAGUUGCUUAACCAGAACUUCCAGGGCUGGGCGAGCGUGCUGAUGGAUGCGCUUCAUGGCGAGACCCCAGUCGACUUCAUGAAUGCACAAGAACGCCUUCUCAAGCGCGAGCGUGACGCGAAUUCGAUGUGGUCUGCGAUACUACCAGCGCGGCGACAGCUCACCAAGAUUGUCCUAAGCGCAACCAUGGAAAAGGAUCUGACGAAACUCGGGACCCUGAGGCUGAAGCGGCCAAAACUUGUGGUCGUACAGGAUGAGGCUACCGAAGUCCAGCCCCUCGACCACGAGGAUAACAACUUCGAACUGCCAUCAACACUCGACGAGUUCUCGGUCCAUGUCGCGGAUGGCUCGAACAAGCCACUUCAUCUCCUAUAUGUGCUACUCAAUUAUGUCUUCACAGGGAUUGAGACGGGCGAAAAUAACGAAGACGAAGAUUCGGAAACUGGAGUUGCAGAGCAUCCGAGCCGGGUCCUAGUAUUCACCAAGAGCACAGAAAACGCAUCUCGCCUCUCGCAUCUGCUUGCAACUCUCGCGCCUGCUUUCAAGAACCAUCUGAAGACCAUGACGCGUGCACUGACCGCAGAAGCCUCCAGAAAGCUGCUAAAGUCGUUCGGUACCGGCGAAAUCAAGAUACUCAUCGCGUCCGAUGCUGCGUCUCGUGGCCUUGAUAUUCCAGAUAUCACUCACGUUAUCAAUUACGACAUGCCAACCAGCAUCACCAGCUAUGUCCAUCGAGUGGGGCGAACAGCUCGCGCAGGCAAAUCCGGGGGCAAGCAUGGACGCUGUUCACCCAAGACCGAGGCAGCGUGGUUUAUCAAGCAGAUCACGAAGGGGGAUUCCGGUAAAGCGGGGGAAUAA